AUGCAACCUUAGAUCAUGAGCGACUUUCUGAAAGGCUGGCUAUAUGGUUUAGCUGAAUUGCAAAUCGAGGGUGAUGGAAAUUGCCAGUUCCGAGCACUAGCGGAUCAGCUGUUCCGCAAUCCAGACUGCCACAAACAUGUUAGAAGGCAGAUUGUCAAGCAACUAAAGCAUUCCAAAAAGUUGUAUGAAGGCUAUGUUCCAAUGAAGUACAAAAGCUACCUGAAGAAGAUGAAAAAAUCUGGGGAAUGGGGAGAUCAUAUCACUCUGCAAGCAGCUGCUGACCGAUUUGGAGCCAAAAUUUGUCUAGUCACCUCUUUUCGUGACACUUGCUACAUCGAGAUCAUGCCUAAACAAGCAAGUCCUAGUAGAGAAGUUUGGCUGAGCUUCUGGAGUGAAGUGCAUUACAAUUCAUUGUAUGCAAGUGGAGAUGUUCCCACCAGAGCACCGAGAAGAAAGCAUUGGCUUUUUUAGGAUUUAUAUAAUAUAAUGACAAACUUCCUUGUUUAUAUUUGUUACAUGUGUAUUUUCCUUACCUCCAUGUUAUCUUCAAAGCUAGGGUUUGCUGUUGUAAAACUUC